UAUCUCCUGCUCUGUCCAUCCAUCAGGCCAUCACAAAGGAAAAUCAGCAGUGUCAGUGCAUCAUGGAGCUCACCAAUAGCACGGACCAGGGGUUGCUUGAUGCGCAGCUCGUGCUCUGGCACAACACCUUCGCCUUCAUGAAGUCCAUGGCGCUCAAGUCCGCCGUAGACCUCAGGAUUGCUGAUGCCAUCGACCUCCAUGGCGGUGCCGCCACCCUUCCCCAGAUAUUCACCAAGGUCGAUCUCCACCCGUCCAAGGUUCCCAGCCUGCGUCGCCUCAUGCGCGUCCUAACAACCACCAACAUCUUCAGCAUCCAGCACCCGUUGGCUGAUGGCGGCGAGCCCGUCUACACACUUACUUCAGUGUCCCGCCUUCUCCUUGGAUCGCAGACUCCUUUGACAGCCAUGGUGCUCAAUCCCAUCAUAGUCUCCCCCUUCUUUGAGCUCGGUAAAUGGUUCCAGCACGAGCUGCCGGACCCAUGCAUCUUCAAGCAGACGCACGGCCGGCCCAUCUGGGAGAUGACCAGACAUGAUGCAACCUUUGAUGCACUCGUCAACGAUGGGUUGGCCUCAGACAGCCAAUUCAUCGUGGACAUCGCCAUCAAGCAGCGCGCAGAGCUCUUCCAGGGAAUAAGCUCACUCGUCGACGUCGGCGGAGGGAUCGGUGCAGCGGCCCAAGCCAUCUCAAAGGCGUUCCCGCAUGUGAAAUGCAGUGUGCUGGAUCUUGGCCACGUCAUUGCCAAGACUCCAACUGACACGGGCGUGCAAUUUGUCACUGGCGACAUGUUUAAGAGCAUUCCACCAGCAAAUGCUGUACUGUUGAAGUCGGUUUUGCAUGAUUGGGACCAUGAUGACUGUGUAAAGAUACUGAAGAACUGCAAAAAGGCUAUACCUCCAAGAGAAGCCGGUGGAAAGGUGAUAAUAAUAAACAUGGUGAUUGGAGCAGGACCAUUAGAUUUGAAGCACAAAGAGAUGCAGGCCAUGUUUGAUAUCUAUAUCAUGUUUAUCGGUGGCAUGGAACGAGAUGAGCAAGAGUGGAAGAAGAUUUUCUCAGAAGCUGGGUUCAGCGACUACAAAAUAAUACCGGUCUUGGGUGUUCGAUCAAUAAUCGAGGUAUAUCCAUAAUAUUUUUAUGAAACGACGGUGUAUACCAGCAUGGAGCUUGUGGCGUGGACAUGUAAUCCAAAUAAAGUAGCCUCACUUUGGUGUUUAUCUAUAUUGUGCUUUGUAUGAUUUAGAUGUAUUCUAAGGUGUAUAUCAUAAACAUGUGGAAGCCUUCUACUGGAUCAAGUGUUA